AUGCCUCCGCGACCACAGCGUCUUGUGCGGCGCCGACCGCUUGGCGAAAGGCUCCGCGCCAUGCUGAACCCCAUUGACUUUUACCUCUGGCUGUCUGAGGAAAUACAAACCUUUGACUGGGACUCGAAGGAGUUUGGGACGCGAUUCGGACUGGUCGCCAACUUCGUCUUUCUCGUCGCGAGAGCAAACAAUGGUGGAACAAGCGAGGCAUUUGACGACGACGUGUUUGGCGAUUCUUCUGGGAACGGCCUGAUAUCUCUGGUGGUAAAUUUCCUGCUGUGGACAUUGGCAUCAACUUCCCUCCUGAACGCUUUCUACACCAUGACACGAUCACGGAGUUACCGCCUUUUCGAGGUGAGCGUCGAGACAGCAGGGCCAGGGACCCCAUCGGCACAGCGAGUGCGUGUCGAUUCGUCGCCCGCUUCUUCAACCCCUUUGCGGCUUAUCCAGGGCGCACUGAGACCCGAGACUGCCGAGCAACGGGCGCACCCGGACAAGACGCGCGAUGUUUGGGAGAUGAGGGUGUGGGACCCGUAUCCGGCGACUUUGCGCAUGUUUUGCCUCUUCAGCCCCGGCCACGUUCUCAUCCACAUGCUCUUCCUACCGCUGCCACCCCUAGACCCGCGACCAAGCGUUACCGUGUUCAAAUGCAUCCUUCUGCAGGUAAUCCUGUCGGCACAGCUCCUGCUCAUGCACUCCCGCUUUUCCCAGCAAAGCAAGGACACAGCAAUCAUCCAGAAGGAAGUAAUGCACGAGUACGACGUUAAGUACGUACACCCACGGCUUCACCCUGUUGUCCGUGAGGUUUCGACGCAGGUAUCUAUCAAUGACGGCAAAAUCGACCAGGAAGAAGUCACUCUUGGCACACCAGCGACAAUAAUCCGGCGCGCCUUUCAGACGCACCCGAACCCUAACUAUGCCAAGCAUAUCGAUCCUAACGCUGGUCAGAUGCGGCAACCCAGGGGCACGAUGUCCCCUAGCCAACAAUUCACCCCUUCCUACAAGACCAGCGCAGCAGGGCCCACGUCCUUCGCCGCCAUGGUCCAACAACACAAUCAAUCGCCACUUAGGCGAAGUCUGCCUCCCAUGGUAUCUCCAGGUGGAGGCGACGCAGCGACCACAGACCUCUCCAAGACCUCCUUCUCCUCAACCGGCACCAGCACUGGUACGGGCAGCUUUAACCUUCCGCCAGGGUCAGGUUUUGGCGGCAGCCUUGGCGUUUACACCCACAUGAAUUCGCCGCUUAAGAAGACGACUAGUCUUGGGGACAUGAAGAACGGCGUCCCCUUUUCCCCGCGCAACUCGCGUGAGAUGGCCGCGCUGGAGCAGAGGGAACUCGCCGAGCGCAUGGUACGGCAGAGCAGUCCCUUCAAGGAGAGCAAUCGUCGGGCGACGACACAGUUAGACCCGUCCAGCUUUCUGCACUCGCCUGAAAAGUUGGCCAAGGCAAGGGCCACCCGCUGGACGCAGGAGAGGUUUCCCUCCAGGAGGGUUUAG